GCACAGGCAAGCAGGCUGAGGGAGAGAGGAAAAAAAAAACCCGACUCCUUGAAAGGCUCCUCGACGCGCAAUUAUGGUUUGGUGAAGUCGACCCGGAGGAAUUUGCGUCGCCAGGUGACCAAAUUUUGGCACAAUUACUUUAAUAGCAGGAGCUGUUGUUUUUGCCACAAGCACAAAGAGAAAACACAAGUCAGCUAAUCUGAACACUGCACAGAGGGAAGCAAACUCCUGCACAAGCAUGGCAGACCAAAAAGACAACAUAGAUGACUUUAAAGUGCAGACAGCGAAGCACCCCAACAUGAGCUCAGCCCCGUUACGGCCGCACAGCGACACACAGUCUAAAGACCGGGCCUCCAAAAGGCUUUCGACCGAGUCCAACGGGACCAGCGAUGGAGGUGUGGGCUCGUCCACACCGGUGGAGGUGACCGCCUUAGAGGAGUCAUUUCGACGCUUCGCCAUCCACGGUGACACUCGCGCCACCGGCAAGGAGCUGCACGGCAAGAACUGGUCCAAGCUGUGCAAGGACUGCGGCGUGAUCGACGGCAAGAACAUCACCCUCACCGACGUGGACAUCGUCUUCAGCAAAGUCAAGAAGAAAUCCUGUCGCACCAUCACUUUUGACGAGUUCAAGGUGGCGCUCGGGGAGCUGGCCAGGAAGAAGUAUAAAGAGAAGAGCGGAGAGGACGCCGAGGCCGAGGUCUUCAAGCUGAUCGAAGGGAAGGGGCCGGUCAUCGCAGGAGUCACAAGAGCCGUGGCUUCCCCGACGGUGAGCCGCCUGACGGACACCACCAAGUUUACAGGGUCGCACAAGGAGCGUUUCGACGACACCGGCCGCGGGAAGGGUAAGGCGGGACGAGUAGACAUAGUUGACACUUCAGGAUACGUCUCGGGAUACAAACAUCAAGGGUCCUACGAGAAGAAAGUGAAUAAACCCACCGCGGGCAGACCCAUGUGAGGGGCGAAGACCAGGAGAUAAACAUUUGACUUAGGAUGAUUUUCUAUUAAACAACAACAAAAAAAAGAAGAGUACUCAUAGAAAGCACAAAAAGAAUAGGAUUUCAUAUAUUUUUUCCCACCCAUCUAUUUUGUGUGUAUGUGAGAGAGAGAGAGAUGUUUUUGAGUUCCUCUCUUUGUGAAGUGUGAGAACUGGAAAACUGUUUACAUCUAUUUUUACAAAGUUCAUCACCAGCUGGUACAUUCCUGUCUGAUAGCGAGUUACUGCCAAACACUGAGGAGAACAAACGAGAGAAACUGCUCCGCUAUGAAUAUUGAAGCUUCGUUGUUACGAUAGGGCCUUAUUACAAUUAUAGAGCACAAUGAACACGAUGCCAAGAAAAACAAAAAGUGGGACAACAAGUCGAUGAAUUCUCAACAUUGCACUUUUUAAUGGAAAUUCCCGUAUUAAGCUGCGUUUUGAAUUUGUUUUGCAGUUUCAGAGAUAAUUGGCACACAAUUUUUUGACGUAUAGAUAUCAUUGAUGUUCAUUUCCUUUGAAAAACUUACAUCGUUGACUCCAUCUUCAGUGUUGUUUGUCUGCCAUCUGCUCUUGUCAACUGUUGAGUCUAUAAAAAUCUGCUGUUCGUUUUUUUUAAAUUAAUUUAUAAGCUCACACUGUCAUUGGAAUAAUUUGCCUUCAGCUCAGACCAAUAAAACACACUAAGGUUUUCGUAUCAUCUGUCCAAAAGUACAAUUUUUGUGACUUCUGUCAUAUCUUCUUGCUUUUGUGAAUAUCUAAAACAUACAAAACAAAAGCCUUCCUGUGCUUAAUCCACCUAUUUCCUCUUUUUUGUCAUUACCCAGACUUUAAUUACACACAAACCAUUUUCCUAACAUGCAUUUUGAGCACUAAAUUGGUGAAUUAAGCUGAAAACAGAAGCUCUAACCACAGUAGAUGAGCUCAGUUGUACAAGAUUGUAUUUUUAACAUUUUAUCGUUUCCUCAUCAGAUUUAUAUACAGUAGUUCUAAUAUAUUUGUGGUAAGAUUGUGUAUAUUCUAAAAAGUUUUAGCCACAUGGCUCAAUUUAAGACACUGGCUUCAUGUUUUUACUUUUUUUUUUUUUCUGUAUUGCUGUACUUUGUGCAUGUUAUAUAUAUUGCAUUUGAUUCAGAAGCAUCUAGGAGACAGUAGGAGUUUGUCGUAUCUUUAUCGGAACUGCUGCGCCUGCUGAGAGGACAGACUACUGGACAGACUUCGAUAUUUUCUUGCUAAAAAAAAAUAUUAAGUGGUUGAAAUUGUGGGAUCGUGACGAAAUCUUGCAUUGCUUGAAAUCAAUAUGUAUCAACUUGUACGUGUACAAAGUCAGCUUUCCUCUAAUGCUGUUAAUAUCUGUCUGUUGAUGAAGACUUAAGAGUACCUUUUACGUGUGGUACCGUCAUCCAAGGCACAAAUUUUACUGAAAAAAAAAAAAAAUUGCAGGGUUUUAAUGUUUCCUUACAUACUGUAUCGGAUAAAGGGAAAGAUUGCAAACGAGUAAUAUACUUUUGUAGAAUAUUUUUCAAAAAAUGACGACAGUUUUGUGUCACUACUACUACCUGUAGCCUCAGCUGAUGAAGAAUCAUGCAUCAAGUGCAAAACUAGCAGCUAUCAGUGUGUUAGUUUUCGUCCCGCUGCAGUAGCUUUUGAUCCGUUUUCUGUGCUUAAUGCCAAAUACUGUGCACCUUUAAUGUGGAGGAACAAUAUUGUCUUUUUUUCAAAUAACUCUUAAUGUACUAUUGUGCCCCAGUGCAUGCAGUGUGCUGUUUCUUUUUUUUUUUUGUUCUUGUUCUUUAGGCCUCUUAAAAGUGUGUUCAUGAUUUGUAGUGCAUUAUUGAAAAUAAAAAAUGAAAAAAAAAGACAUCCAGAACCUCUGCUGAGUAGGUUUUGGGGUAUCUGUCAAAAA